UGAGGUGAGCUGUACCAUGUGUAUAUACCACAUAACGGCACCUUUUCCCACCCAUAUACCUUUUCCUUUCCCCCUGACUCAAUGCUCACAACUCGCGAGAUCAGUCGAGCGUCAGAGUGCGUCAGAUUCUGACGAUCUCGUCACGUUUUUCAAUACUUCAUCUGUAUUAUUAUUAUUUGUAUUUUUUUUCUUUAUCCCUCCAAAGUUUGACGGCAAAGUUGGUGCAAUGGGGAACGAAAGGCAAUGCUGUAUUGCGCUGCUAGUCAUUUCUCUCCUGAUGCUGGUAAACGCUGGGGAUAUGAUGCGGAAGAGUAUAGUAUACGAUAAGAACACCCCAGACCUAUUCUACUGCCCCCAGCACAAGCCAACGGGCUUCGAGAAGAUGAUAGUCAGAGCGAAACCCCUGUCCAGGCUCUGCCAGUUUGCGGGUGGGCCCAUCCCCGAGGAUUACAAAAGUGACUGUUACAAUGACGUUGAUGAAACCGAGUACGCUUGUAAAGAGAAGUACAGGAUUAUGAAACGCUUGAAGGAAUUGGAAGCUGAGAAGGCCAUCUCCAACGACGAUAUAUCGCCAGAUUUUUGAAAAUAAAGAAACUCACUGUUUUUUAACUUCAUAAAUAAAAUGAAUAACUCGUUCACAGUACAGUGAAAUCCUUGGAAAAGGGCUUUAGAGAGCAAUAUAUUUAGCGAUUCUCUGAAUAAUUAACAAAAUAAAACAAUUGAGACAUUAA